AUGCCACUUAAGAGAAAGCACAGCGAGACACACACGACCCUUCCCCGAGCAGAAGCACCCAGACGGCGAAGCACUCGGCGCGUCAAGGACGAAGAUGGCGCCCAAGUCGGCAUCAAUCAAAGCAGGACCAAGAGCGCUGAUGGGUUGAGCUCAAAGGAGAAUGUAGAGCGUGCAAUGCACAACCUCUGGGAAAUGGAUAACAAGCUAUUGGACGAAGCGAAAAGGCAGCGACUUGCCAUUGAGGCCUCCAACUUGGAGGCUCUGGCCGCAAAAGAAGACGAGGCAUACGGCGGCCGGGACGUCACGAAAGGUUCGACAGAGUAUAUGGACACGGUAGCUCAGUCAACUGGAACCACGCAGGGACUGCGGAACGAAAGUGAAGUAGAGUGUGCGGAAGAGGCGCCUUUGCUAGAGAACGAGGCGUGUUUAAACACCUACCUGCGCACAGCAACGCCGCCAGUAUUCUCCUCUAGAACAUGCCGCAUAAGCUCCAUUCUCGAACACCGACAUUCUCUUCAAGAUCCAACACAGCCAGAGCACCCAACGAAAAAUCGUCCUGAUAAGUCACAGCCAGCCGACCCAAAUCGAGGGUUGAAGUACGUGCAAGAAAUCGGGCUUAACAACGCGCGAGAUAUUGUUAAAAUGUUAAGAUGGAACGACAAGUACGGAAUAAAAUUCAUGAGAUUAAGCAGCGAGAUGUUCCCCUUUGCCAGUCAUGCGGAGUAUGGUUACAGAUUGGCUUACGCAUCUGAAGUCUUGGCCGCAGCUGGAAAAGUGGCCUCUGAGUUGGGGCAUCGAGUUACUACGCAUCCUGGUCAGUUCACGCAGAUUGGCAGUCCGAAAAGAGACGUAAUAGCCGCAUCCGUCCGCGAUUUGGAGUAUCAUAACGAAAUGCUCUCGCGACUCUGUCUUUCAAAACAACUGGACAGGGACGCCGUGAUGGUUCUACACAUGGGCGGCGUGUACGGCGAUAAGCAGGCGACCUUGGGUCGAUUUCGCGAGAACUACCACAAGCUCUCAGAAGGAGUCAAAAGAAGACUGGUUUUGGAGAAUGACGAUGUAUCAUGGAGUGUACAUGACUUGUUGCCCAUUUGCGAAGAAUUGAAUAUCCCCCUUGUACUUGACUUUCACCACCACAACAUCAUUUUCGAUCCCAGCGUCAGAGAAGGAACGUUGGACAUAAUCAGCCUCUACGAACGAAUCAAGGCAACAUGGACCAGGAAGAAUAUCACACAGAAGAUGCACUACAGCGAGCCGGUCGCGUCAGCUGUAACACCUCGCGACCGUCGCAAGCACUCAGCCCGGGUAAAGACUUUGCCGCCCUGCGCAACAGACAUGGAUUUGAUGAUUGAGGCAAAGGACAAAGAACAAGCCGUAUUUGAACUCAUGCGCACUUUUAAACUCCCGGGCUGGGAUUUAUUCAAUGAUAUUGUUCCGCACGAGCGAACAGACGAGCCAAAGAGGGAAGCAACCCGAAAAACAAAGAGAACUGUGAAUGGGAAAUCGCAGGUGGAUGGCACAACAGACACUGAGAAUGAGGCUGCGGAGGAUACCUUGAGCGCAGACGACGUGAGUAUGGGCGGACCCGAUAGGAGAGUGUAUUGGCCGGAAGGUAUGGAGGAGUGGCUGAAGCCAAAGAAACGAGAAUUCAAGACUGGAACAAAGAAUGGCCGCGACAAGUAG